GCCCCCCCCCCCCCCCCGUUGAAUAUUCAGGAGGCGGCCGAGUGGACGCCCCAGCGAGCCGCCAUGAAGCUCAACGUGGACGGGCUGCUGGUCUAUUUCCCGUACGACUACAUCUACCCGGAGCAGUUCUCCUACAUGCUGGAGCUGAAGCGCACUCUGGACGCCAAGGGUCAUGGAGUCCUGGAGAUGCCCUCAGGCACCGGGAAGACAGUGUCCCUGCUGGCCCUGAUCGUGGCCUACCAGAGGGCUUUUCCGCUGGAGGUGACCAAACUUAUCUACUGCUCACGGACAGUGCCAGAGAUCGAGAAGGUCAUAGAAGAACUUCGCAAGCUGCUCAGCUUCUAUGAGCAGCAGGAGGGCGAGAGGCUGCCAUUCCUGGGACUGGCUCUGAGCUCGAGAAAGAACCUGUGCAUCCAUCCCGAGGUGACACCACUGCGCUUUGGGAAGGACGUGGAUGGCAAGUGCCACAGCCUCACAGCCUCGUACGUGCGGGCACAGUACCAGCAGGACGCCAGCCUGCCUCACUGCCGCUUCUAUGAGGAAUUUGACACCCAUGGACGCCAGGUGCCCCUCGCUGCGGGCAUCUACAACCUGGACGACCUGAAGGCCCUGGGGCAGCGGCAGGGCUGGUGCCCUUACUUCCUGGCCCGAUACUCGAUCCUGCAUGCCAACGUGGUGGUUUACAGCUACCACUACCUCCUGGACCCCAAGAUUGCGGACCUGGUGUCCAAAGAGCUGGCCCGCAAGGCUGUGGUGGUCUUCGAUGAAGCCCACAACAUCGACAAUGUCUGCAUCGACUCCAUGAGUGUCAACCUCACCCGCAGGACUCUGGACCGCUGCCAGAGCAACUUAGACACCCUGCAGAAGACCGUGCUCAGGAUCAAGGAGACGGAUGAGCAGCGCCUGCGGGAUGAGUACCGGCGUCUGGUGGAGGGGCUGCGGGAGGCCAGUGCAGCACGGGAGACGGAUGCCCACCUGGCCAACCCUGUGCUGCCCGACGAAAUACUGCAGGAGGCUGUACCAGGCUCCAUCCGCACUGCUGAGCACUUCCUGGGCUUCCUGCGGCGACUGCUGGAGUACGUCAAGUGGCGGCUACGUGUGCAGCAUGUGGUGCAGGAGAGUCCACCCGCCUUCCUGAGCGGCCUGGCCCAACGUGUGUGCAUCCAACGCAAACCCCUCAGGUUCUGUGCUGAGCGGCUCCGCUCCCUGCUGCAUACCUUGGAGAUUGCUGACCUGGCCGACUUCUCCCCACUCACGCUCCUCGCCAACUUCGCCACUCUCGUCAGCACUUACGCCAAGGGCUUCACCAUUAUCAUCGAGCCCUUUGAUGACAGGACCCCCACCAUUGCCAACCCCAUCCUGCAUUUCAGCUGUAUGGACGCCUCAUUGGCCAUCAAGCCUGUGUUUGAACGCUUCCAGUCUGUCAUCAUCACCUCUGGGACACUGUCCCCACUGGACAUCUACCCCAAGAUCCUGGACUUCCACCCUGUCACAAUGGCAACCUUCACCAUGACGCUAGCCCGAGUCUGCCUCUGCCCAAUGAUCAUUGGCCGUGGUAAUGACCAGGUGGCCAUCAGCUCCAAAUUUGAGACCAGGGAAGACAUUGCUGUAAUCCGCAACUAUGGCAACCUCCUGCUGGAGAUGUCUGCUGUGGUCCCCGACGGUAUUGUGGCCUUCUUCACCAGCUACCAGUACAUGGAAAGCACUGUGGCCUCGUGGUAUGAGCAGGGCAUCCUUGAGAACAUCCAGAGGAACAAGCUGCUCUUCAUUGAGACCCAGGACGGGGCGGAGACCAGUGUGGCCCUGGAGAAGUACCAAGAGGCAUGCGAGAACGGCCGGGGGGCCAUUCUGCUCUCAGUGGCUCGGGGCAAAGUGUCAGAAGGGAUUGACUUUGUGCACCACUACGGGCGGGCUGUGAUCAUGUUUGGCGUCCCCUAUGUCUACACCCAGAGCCGGAUUCUCAAGGCCCGGCUAGAGUACCUGCGGGACCAGUUCCAGAUCCGCGAGAAUGACUUCCUCACCUUUGACGCUAUGCGCCAUGCAGCCCAGUGUGUGGGCCGUGCCAUCAGGGGCAAGACAGACUAUGGGCUCAUGGUCUUCGCCGACAAGCGGUUCGCUCGGGCCGACAAGCGUGGCAAGCUGCCUCGAUGGAUCCAGGAGCACCUGACGGACUCCAACCUCAAUCUGACGGUGGACGAGGGCGUGCAGGUUGCCAAGUACUUCCUGCGGCAGAUGGCGCAGCCUUUCCACCAGGAAGAUCAGCUGGGCCUGUCACUGCUCAGUCUGGAGCAGCUGCAGUCGGAGGAGACGCUACAGCGCAUCGAGCAGAUCGCACAGCACCUCUGAACACAGGACUGCAGUGACACCUGUGGCUCCCCAGGGGGUGCUGGAAGGUCCCCGCACCCUCAGGCGAACACCCAGUCCACUGUACAGCCUUUAAUUGCAGGGAGGGGACAGCAGGAUCCCGAUCCACAGGUGCCACCCAGGCAGGGUGCCCGAUAGCCACCCACCCCCCUUCCCGAUUCCUGAGCAGCGGCGGCCACUGCAGCC